CUGUCAAAAGACUUGGUGAAAGUAUUUGUAUGUGUGUGUAGCGAUUUUGUUUGUGGUGGUGAGAAAGAUAACUUUAUCUAGAGAAAAUGAAAACUUUUAAAAGUUAAUUACCAAAAGAAAUCUUUGUCAUUUUGUAUUUGUUGAUGCCAAAAUGAACUACAGUGCUGUGACUUUGUUGCUCCUUGGGAUAUUUGUGUUGAGAGAAGCAAAUGGUUUGCAAAAAAGAUGUCUUAGGUGCAGGUCUCGAGGUGAACUGGGAUCAUGUGGAGAUCCAUUCCCAUUCAAUGUCACAGAACCAGAAGCAGAAAUGGGGAUCCAUGUAGUGGCUUGUCCUUCUGGCUGGUGCGGGAAGCUGAUUGAAGGCACCACGGGAGCAUUCCGAACAGAUGAUUAUGGUGCAGCUACACAAAGAAUGUGCUUGCAGCGGCCACCAAACGACUAUGAAGAGAGAUGUGCCUACACUAUGUGGAAUCAUAAAAAAGUCUACAUGUGUUUUUGCAAUGGAGACUUGUGCAAUUCUGCUAUUAAAAUCACGGCAUUUCCACUAUCGUUGUUUAUAGCUACAUUAGUUACUAUAUUCAAUUUAUUAUAGAAGAAAAAACAGUGUGUUAUAUCAAGAAGUAUUUCAUAAAGGUAGCUAACUACUUAAUAGUGAUCAUCAACAACUUCUAAUGAUUUUGAGGAGACUGGAUUUUUCUUAUGGUAGCUAGUAAUAUUUUUUAUUAGCUCAUUGUCCUAUAUUAAAUCU